UGGCCCGCGCGCAGGCUCGGGUCGCGACCGCCUGGGGCUUUGGCGAGCGGCGCGACAGGCCUGAGAGCUGGAGCUGCAGCUGCUUACUACACCUCCUCCUUGUCCUGUGCGGCGGGCCGGGAGAGGCCGGGCCCGCGUGGGGGGCAGGCGGCGGUGCGGCGGGGGCCGCGACCGCUGCCUUCGCAGGCGCCCGGGCCGGCCCGCGCCUUUGCAGCGUGCUCCAUGCAUCCGGAGCCCGCCCCGCCCCCGAGCAGCAGCAACCCGGAGCUUCCCCUCAGCGGCGGCAGCACCACCAGCGGCAGCCGCCGGAGCCGCCGCCGCAGCGGGGACGGGGAGCCCCCGGGUGCCCCACCGCCGCCGUCCGCCGUCAGCUAUCCGGACUGGAUCGGCCAGAGUUACUCCGAGGUGAUGAGCCUCAACGAGCACUCGAUGCAGGCGCUGUCCUGGCGUAAGCUCUAUUUGAGCCGCGCCAAGCUCAAAGCCUCCAGCCGGACCUCGGCUCUGCUCUCCGGCUUCGCCAUGGUGGCCAUGGUGGAGGUGCAGCUGGAUGCUGACCACGACUACCCGCCAGGGCUGCUCAUUGCCUUCAGUGCUUGCACCACAGUGCUGGUGGCCGUGCACCUGUUCGCACUCAUGAUCAGCACCUGCAUCCUGCCCAACAUUGAGGCCGUGAGCAACGUGCACAACCUCAAUUCCGUCAAGGAGUCACCCCACGAGCGCAUGCAUCGCCACAUCGAGCUAGCCUGGGCCUUCUCCACUGUCAUUGGCACGCUGCUGUUCCUGGCUGAGGUGGUGCUGCUCUGCUGGGUCAAGUUCUUGCCCCUCAAGAAACAGCCAGGCCAGCCGCGCCCCACCAGCAAGCCCUCACCCAGCGGUGUGGCCACCAACGUAAGCAGUGGCAUCACCCCGGGUCAGGCAGCAGCUAUCGCCUCUACCACUAUCAUGGUCCCCUUCGGCCUGGUCUUUAUCGUCUUUGCUGUCCAUUUCUACCGCUCCCUGGUCAGCCAUAAGACGGACCGACAGUUCCAGGAGCUCAACGAGCUGGCUGAGUUUGCCCGCUUACAGGACCAGCUGGACCACAGAGGGGACCACCCCCUGACGCCUGGCAGCCACUAUGCCUAAGCCCUCCUGCUGGGCCCUUCAGAGCUUUGGCCUUAUGCCCUUCCCCAUGACCUUGUCCUGCCCCAGCUUUGAGGACAGCCUGCAGGAGGCCGGGCUUGGUCAGGGCACAGAGUAGAGGGAAGGGGCUUUUUAAACAAGAAAUUACUGCACUUUGAGACUUUCCUCUAAGAGAGCAAGCACUUCCUGUUCUUCCAGCUCCGGGGCCACCUCCUGGUAAGAGGCAGUGGAGGCCAGAGUGGGGACAGAUGCUCUCUUUGUCCCUAUUCCAUCACUGUGCCAGUGCCAGCCGGAUGCUUCCUGUCCUCUCCGUCUCAUCCUCCCUCCCCGUUGAGUGUCAAAUGUGUGCAUGUGUGUUAGCACAUAAAUAUACUCAUAAGGGACACCUCUU